ACCGUCUUUUCCUACGUCUUCUAAAAUCCGCGCUUUUUUCAUUUCUCUCCUUUCUCCGGAGAUGGCCUUUUCGCUCUGCAAUGGCGAAAGAGCCGUCGUUGUUCUCUACAUAUCUCGGGUCAUGUUCUCCUCCUUACCUUCCUCUCUCUUCUUCUACGAAUCGAUCGGUCUCCUUCUCCUCGCCUUUGCCGGCCUCUUCGUCGAGAUCUCCGCCGAGUAUUCCAACGCUCUCGAUCGCUUCAAAACCAGGCCAGGGGCUUCGUCAGGGAUACUGCUUGGAACAGUUACACUGCCCACUGUCAUGCUCUCACGGUUGAUACAAUUGUCAAGAGCACUCUCAGAACACGCUAUAGAACCUGAAGAACUAGAAUUUCUGAAUGUGCAAUAUUGGGCUGUAUCUGCAAGCUGCUUUGGGGUGCUUGUCUUGCUUUAUGCAGUUAUAUGGCAUUCGGCCACAAGUUCUUCACAUUCAGGCAGUGUGCAGGACUCAUUGUGUACCUUACUUUACUUGGUUCUCUAUGCAGCAGUAUGCUAUAUGUCUCUUUCAUCAAAGUCAUAUAGUGGUUGGCACAUAUGGACGAAGUUACUAUGGAUAGUUUGCCAUGGGCUGGCAUCACUGAUACUAAUCCAGCAUAUAUUUCAUACUUUUCCAUUGUGUACAUCAAUAGGGGAAGCACUUUUAGUUACUGGUGGUCUUGUAUUUUAUUUCGGUGAUAUGCUGGCAUUUACUCUUGCAAAGAUCAAUGAGUAUGCACUGUCAUCGAAAUUAACUACUAUCCAACUUGGAAUUAGAAGAAGUGAGAUAAGCACCAUUUCACAGGGAGUGUUGCUUGGCCUUCUCCUUCUGCCAAUCUUUUACAAGUUUGUUCUUCGAAUUUGGUUACACUUCACAAGGCUGAUCAACCAUGGAGCUCAUGCAGCUGAAGGAAUGACAUGUGAAGGGAUUGGGAGAUCGAUUCUCUUUUAUGCUUCUAUGGCAGUUACCUUGAUUAUAAUUGUUCCAACAUGGAUGCAAUUUGUCCAGGAUUUUCAUGGUCAUCCUGUGCUAUGGAUUUCUACUUUUGUGUUCACGGAACCACUCAAACGAUUAUCACUAUGUAUCUAUUGGAUAUGUGUUAUAUGUGCAUCGGUUUUGCGGUUCUACAAUAUUUCAAAAAACAGCAAGAUCGAAAGGAUUCUUCUUCGAAAAUACUACCAUCUAGUUGCAGUUAUAAUGUUUGUGCCCGCUCUUCUUUUUCAGCCAAAAUUUCUGGAUCUAGCAUUUGGUGCAGCUUUGGCAGUUUUCCUGGUACUAGAAAUGAUUCGAGUUUGGAGAGUUUGGCCUUUGGGGCACCUUGUACAUCAGUUCAUGAAUGCUUUUACAGAUCAUCGUGACUCAGAUAUUCUUAUUGUCAGCCAUUUUUCCCUCUUACUUGGCUGUGCACUUCCAAAAUGGUUGUCUUCUGGGUUCAAUGAUCGUCCACUGACUCCUUUUGCUGGAAUAUUGAGUCUAGGAAUUGGAGACACAAUGGCAUCAAUGGUUGGCCACAAGUAUGGCAUCCUCAGGUGGAGCAAAACUGGGAAAAAAACCGUUGAAGGUACUGCAGCUGGUAUAACAUCCGUCCUGGUGGCUUGCUCAGUUCUCGUCCCACUUCUAGCAUCAACUGGUUUUAUACUCUCUCAGCACUGGUUAUCACUGCUAAUAGCAGUCACAAUAAGCGGCAUGUUGGAGGCCUACACAGCACAGCUUGAUAAUGCUUUUAUUCCCCUUGUGUUUUACAGCCUCCUGUGUCUGUGAACAUCUGCUGAAGAAAAAUCCCAUACACACAUGUAAAUAUGAUUAGAGAAGGGGUUGAACCUGUGGAGGUUUGAGUGACCCCACUUAACUGAAAUAAUAGAUAAAUUUACAGUCCCACGAUUCUUUAUCAUGCGCUUUGUCAUUCUUCCAUUGUACAUGAGAGUUCGCCUUUUCCGAAUUCAUAUAAGAAAUCACGACAGCCUGUUGUAUCCUUUUUAUUUUUCACAGAAAAUGAGCUACCUUUCUUU